UGUCGAGAUGAGGAAUCCACAAAACGUUAUUGUUGACAAGGUACAAGUGAAGACAUCACCUCGCACAGGUAUUGAGCAGCGCAGGCUGCAUCUUGGCCCAGACGCUUUACAAGGAAAGUGGACUGUUGUAGCUCGAUAUGGCUAUAAAGCUGAGUUGAAAUCAGAGUAUCGAUUUGAAGUGAAGGAUUAUGUGUUACCGUCAUUCGAUGUCAAGAUCAUUCCUCCCGAAUAUGUCAGAGACAAACGUUUGCAAGAUACUAUCUCUUUUCGUGUGACAGCAAGGUACACAUAUGGUAAAGCUGUUACAGGAAAGCUCAACGUCACAGUUGGAGUUCUCAUUAGAGGAAACAAAACAGUAGACGUCUUUAAUUCACUUUCUUUGUAUAUAUUAAAAUCGGACGACGGAGUAAAAACUAUCUUUUUUCCAAAUGGAGGGUACAAAGUUUUUCCCUUAGGCGAACAAGUUUAUAUUUCAGUAGAAGUGACAAACUCAAACAACGGAGUGAAACGACAAACAUUUGAUGUGUCCUCUCAAUUCGAUGACAAUCCCAUUAAAUUGGAUUGUGCUUUGAGUCCUCCAUAUUAUCGUCCCAACCUUCCCCUGCGACUGCAGGUACGAUCCAGGUAUGCGAAUGGAGCUGUGGUAUCUAACGUAAAGGUAGAAUACACUAAUGCACCAUCACCCGGUGAGCAACUUACCAGAACGACUAACGAGAAGGGCAUCGCAUAUUUUCAGCUCAAUGUUAGUCAAGGAAGUGGUGAUAAGGAAUUUCGGUUUCAGGUUAAAGCGCCAGUAGCCCAACAACUGGUUACUGCUUGCACUCUUAAACAAUUCCCUUCCAGUAGAGGAAGCUUCUUUGUGCGAUCAAAUUUUCGUAAUCCACCCAAAAUUGGCUUACAGGGAGACUUUGAAAUCAUCAGAGAUGUAAAGGAUAUCAGACACUUGACGCUUACAGUGCUAGUCAUCUCGAGAGGAAUAAUCCAGCAGCAGAAAGCAGUGCUUUUGAGAGGAGGGUCUAUUGGGACGUUUCAAGUUUCGAUCACUUCAGAUCUCACUGGCAAAUUCUGCGUCCUUGCAUACUACGUAGAAGACAACAACGAAGUCGUGGCGGAUGCAACAUGCUUGGAAAUAGAGAAAUCGUUUAAGAACGACAUUAAACUAUCAAGUGUGAAUACCAUUCAUCCUUCCGAUUCUUUUCACUUGAAGGUAGCAGCUGCUCGACGCUCUGAUAUUGCAUUACUCGCAGUGGACAAGCGUCUCUACAUACUCUACAAUGAGAACAAGUUGUUAAGAGAAAACGUAUUUGAUGACUUGAGUAGUUACGACAAGUCUUGUGGAUACACAUCAGUUGACAGCAAGGGUGUCUUUGAUGCGGUAGGAUUGACAAGUAUUAGUGGAACUACCCUACAACCAAUCGUCAGGGAAAGUGAGUUAUGCCAGUCACAUAACAAGAAAGCUGUGGAAAAAGUCGACGGCAAAUUAGAUUUUCCGAGUCGUCAUGACCGGUCUCCCGUCCCACCCGAAUUUAGAGAUGUGUUUGACGAUUCUAUUUAUCCUCGUUCACACUUUCCUGAGGCGUGGCUGUGGGACAUGAAUCUAUAUACGGGUCACUUUAACGAGAUAACACUUUCUCUAUACGCUCCAGAUUCAAUAACAGAGUGGGUCAUUGAAGCUAUUGGUAUAUCAGACGAUUACGGGUUUGGCGUUGCGGAACCAAUUUCAUUCCAAGUGUUUAUUUCUGUUUUUGUGGAAUGUCACAUUAUAUAUGCUUUUACUCGUUUGGAGCAGUCUUCUCUGUCGUGUACGGUAUACAACUACGAUCGUCAUAAUCUACAGGAAAGUUGUGCUGUUUGUUUGUUUCUACAUUUUGCCCUUUUGCUUGUAUUUUAGCUAUUUCGUUACAGAAAGUUUUGUUAUGUGUAGAAUUGUCGCGAUGACAAUGGGCUUAUUUCAAAUAGAAUUUGUCAACAGUUAUGCUACUUGGCAACUUUACAAAGUUUCGUCAGUGUGCAGAGAGACAGGCAGUCAGUCAGUCAGACAGACAGACAGACAGACAGACAGACAGACAGACAGACAGACAGACAGACAGACAGACAGACAGACAGACAGACAGACAGACAGACAGACAGACAGACAGACAGACAGACAGACAGACAGACAGACAGACAGAAUCAAGUUUAUUGUCAACGAUCUUCACUACUACAAACAGUUAUUGUUAAAAUGAAAUGUUCUACUUGUAGUCCGAGACUAUUGCUAAUGAGUAAAACACUGAAUGUCUCUAUCUACUCCCAAAACACUGUCAUCUCCUAAUGAGCGCACAGAAAGCCUUGACAGCUUCCGCAAAAUCACUCUGCUGUUGCAUUUUUGAAGAGUAAUAGACAGUCUUUUCCUCCAGAAGGUUUUAAACUCUACCGCAAUUCAGACAGACGGACAGACAGACAGACGGACAGACGGACAAAGACAUACAGACAAAGACAUACAGAGAUUCCUUACUAAACUCAAACUGGCAAUUACAAUUGACAUUUUAAUGGUAUUAGAAACAUUUAAUUAUACGUGAUUGAUGCACUUUUGUUCAAAUGUCUGCGUCGAAAGAGUAGCUAUGACCUGCAUGUAGAGACAUAGAGAUAGGCAAAGAAACUGCAUAGCAAUAAAUUCUGUUUAAAAUGUCAAAAGGAAACGUUUCGUUGGCAGACGAGAGAUAGAGAUGACGCAAGUACGUUUUGAAAGUUUAUAGCUAAGGAAGAAACUACUUAAAGUAUGCAGAUUAACUAAUUCACUCAUUUACAAGCCAUUAUGGCUACUUUUGCUAAUUGACUUUAUUUUGAAUAUGAAUAUCUGAAUGUUCUGUCUUGUUUGUGCGGCCAGCUGCAAUGUUCUAAUUUUGCAAAAUACGAAUUCUAGCUCAGAGCCUUUCGAACUUUUGUACUUAAUCUCAUUGUUUGAAGAAUUGUUUUUGUGUGUUCCGUUUCACGCUUUUAUUCUAGAUUCUGAUAUCUGUUUGUUGCUUUUAGGGCUGUGUUUCCGUUUUGAGGCCGUGUGUGCCGAGUUACACUACUACUACUACUAGCAGCAGGGUUUUGUAUACCGGCCUUCACUGCAUCAAUGUACAAGGACAAAGCACGACAUUAGUCAGAUUUCCCAUUAAACCGUGGUGGGCUGGUCAAAAGAAACUCACAAUACGAUUGCAUACCGGCGUAAUUGUGCGAGACGUCAUCCAUGACAUCAACAUUAGACCUGAUGAAGUUCCUAGAGAAGUCGACCUUGGUACAGAGCUAGCUCCUCAAGAUCGAUGUCCCAAGCUCGAAGCAAUUGACAACAGGCUGUGUAACGCUUGUCAUCAUCACCACUAUGUCUACCGAGUUCGCGUGAAUAAGAAGGUUCACACCAACAGAUCGCUGAAGUACAGAGUCACUAUUGUAGAUAUCUUGAAACCAGGAGCAUUAUGCGUGGAAGUUGGCAAUAAAUUGGAUCUUUGGCUCCCUUCCAUUUGCAAUCUAGAAAUCGAGUUAGAAGCAGGCAGGGAAUAUCAUGUCCAGGGAAGAGACGACGGUAUUAAAAUCGUUUUUGAUCGCAACUGUCUUAUCGAGCCGUGGCCUGAAAUGACGGGCAAUGAAUGCAAAGCAAAGUUGACAAGAGAAUGUAUCAAGCGCCCGUGUUUCAAAUUCAAGGGAAAGAAACAUCGCAAACUCUGCAAAAAAACACGUAAAGGCAUGUGCUCAAAAGUGAUUCGUGAACUAUGCAAGAACAAGCUUGAAUUUGAUGAGUACAUUCUCAAGUUAAAAGACGGUGCAAUAUGCGAAAUGCAAAAUUUAUGUGACUAGAAUGAGUGUGAAGAAAGACUUGCUUAGACAGUUGCUGGUCUGUUGCUGUUCUGUUUUUGUUAAUUGUUUUUGUAUGAAAUAGUAAACAUUAAUUUGUUUGCAAAA